UUUUUUUUUUUUAUCUUCAAGCACCUCUGUUUUUGCUGCCGCUCAGGUCAGAUCUUCAAGUUGUUGUCUUUACCUCCAUUGCUUGGUGGUUGAUUACUCGAUUAGACUUCGCAGACUAAAAGGCAUGGGACGCAGCAAAAUAGAGAUAAAGGAAAUACAGAACAAGGGAGCCAUGUACUGCACCUUCACAAAGCGUCGCAAUGGUCUGUGCAGCAAGGCUAGGGAGCUCCAUACCUUGUGUGGUGCCCAAGUUGCUGCCAUUGUCUUCUCUCCCAAGAACAAGAUGUACACCUUUGGUGAGCCUUCUGUGGACUCCGUGGUGAAUCGCUUUCUUCAUGAACAACAACAACAACAACAACGACAACGACAACCCAAGAAGAAGAAGAAGACGAUACCGUUUUUGUCAGACGAGUGCAUUGAAGGUUUUGAGUUGCAUGAGCUUAAGUAUUGCACGGCUUUGAUGGAAAAGUUUGUGAAAAAGUUAGAGGAACGACUAGCAGACGUGGUGUAUAGGAGGGUUCAAGUGAAGGAUUUGAUUAGUUUAAUUAAAUAAGAAUAGUGGCUAGAUAAUUGUCUUUUAGAGCAUAGAAAAUUCGUUCUAUUUUUUAAAAAUUUUAAUUUAGUCUUGUAUUGGCAACUUCAACCUUUUACUUUCUUAAGUUUGUGUUUUAUUAAGAAAAUUUUAUUUUUUUAUAAGUUUCCUCUCUUAACUUGAUUGAAUGUUAUUGACACUUGUUUA